UUCGAAGCAUUGACCAGUUUUAAACUCAAGGAGAAUAUUCGUCCUACCAUGGAGAAUCUCAGCUGGUUUAUCUUGGAGCUCUAUAAGGUAUUGAACAGUAUCGCCCACAGUUUCUUCCAAUGGAUGGCUUUGCUCGCUUCAUAUUGCCUGAAUGUUUCAUAUUACCUGCUUGAAUUGUUUCCAGUCGUUCUUGAUGGCGCCCGGGAAGAACAUGUUUGUUAUUAUGGACAAUCUCCGCACGUUCAUCCCAAAGCUCUUUGAGGCAUUGAAUGGUAUCGCCCACAGUUUCAUGGAAUGGAUGGCUUUUCUCGCUUCAUAUUGCCUUAAUGUUUCAUAUUACCCGCUUGAAUUGUUUUCAGCUGUUCUCGCCAGGGUCUGGGAGAAUGUGGUUGUUAUUUUGGACAAUCUCUGCGUGUUCAUCCCAAAGCUACUCGAGGUAUUGAACAGUAUCGCCCACAGAUUCUCGGAAUGGUUGGCUUUGCUCGCUCCAUAUUGCCUUACUUUUUCAUGUUACCUGCUUGAACUGCUUUCAGCUUAUCUCGUCAGGGUCUGGGAGAAUAUGGUUGUUAUUAUGGACAAUCUUCGCAUAUUCAUCUCGAUGAUCUUUGAUACAUUGAUUAGCAUAAGAUACUGGCAGAAUAGUUGCGCUAUCUUGGAGAAUCUCCAAUGGUUAAUCUCGGAGAUUUUUGAGGCAUCGAACAGAUUUGGCCAGGGUUGCUUGGAAUGGAUUCCUCUGCCAGUUUCAUAUUGUUUUAUUUUUCUAUGUUACCUAAUUAAAUGGUUCUCAGUCGUUCUCGUUAGCUUCUGGGAGAAUAUGGUGGCACUUAUUAACAACAUGCGCAUGUUCGUGUCAAUAAUCUUUGAGGUAUUGACCAGAAAUGGUGCCAUCAGCUUAGCGAAUUACCUGGAAAGCUAUUUAUUCAUAGGCGUCUUGUCUGUGGUCCUAAUAAUUUGGUUGUGUUACUUUAUGGCUGUAAUGCUAAGGACUCGUUAGGGGGUAAGUGAGGGAGUAAUUGUCAAUAGAUAAUGAAGGACUAUAGACUUUCCGAUCGAUCUGCCGACUUACUUACUGACUACCUGGUGGACUGAUCAUGAGAAACUGACGGCUGGCUAAAAGGCCGAAAAAGUCUGUCUGAAUGACUUUAUGUCCCACUGACUAACUGACCGAGUGACAGAAUAACCGACCGAGUGAGUGAUUGGUUUUUCUCUUUAGAAGCAGCUUGUCUAACACCGUAGUUUAUAUGAUAAUAUAUUUUAACACCCUAAAGCGUAUAUAAUUAUCCAUAUAUAAAAGUAGACGUUUUAAUAGUUAGACCUUUUAAUAUUUGAAUUAGAUUUUUUAAUAAUAAUAUUCAAUUCUUAUAUUGUAAAUAGAUAGAUCCUACAUUUUACCGAAUCAAUUGAUUUUUGAAAAACCCACUCGGGAAAAUCAAUUGCAAUAAAGUUAUUGUUUUGCAAUUAUGGUAACUGUCUCUAUGAAUCGUUUUAAAGUUCAAGGCAAGCAGUUAUAAAAGUUUGCGUACGAAUGUUCUUUUGAAAUCACCAGACCAACUUGCAUUUCAAACUAUUCCCAAAUAACUACAGGAAGAGUUUCUAGGACUGAAACAAGACCUACACAAUCAUGAAAUUUUCCCGUUUACACUCUUUUGAGCCCAUAGUUUAUUUUCUUUAGGUCUCUAAGCUGAUUUGUUAGAACUUUAACGCGUGACAAUUCAUCCCUUCACGCUGAACCUUACUAAAAUUUCAGUCCCUUUAUAAGUAAUUUUGAAUUACUGAAUAUAGUUUUACCUGCUGUAAAUUACGAUUCUCUCUUCGUUAAUUCCAUUCAGGCAGUGUUAGCUAACUAAUUACAGAUAUACAAGCAUCAGAAUCUGAUCAUUUGGAGGUUGUCUUUCAGUAAAUCGAUUUUUAAACCAAUAGUGCCUAUAUAUGGUACUUUACUGGAACUUUGCUCCGCGAAAUCAUUUUCACAGGUGAUAGAAAAACCAGAACACAAGAAGACGAAGAGAGCGCCAGGAAAAGAAGAGCAGAAAGUGAUGUACAAUGUUAGAAAUGGGUUAAAGUAUUAUACUAAAUUCAACUGGACUAUGGUGAAUUACGGUAAUAGUUCCUGCAUUGUAAACAUACGAUUGCUUAAUUUGAUUUUCCUUUGUAAGCUUAAGAAUUGCUUUAAACGAAGUCACAGAUACUGAGGAGUAACAGUUCCUGUUAUUUAUUUUCAAAUCCCUUCAAAUGAAGUAAAAUUUUCAUAUUACCCUUCACAAACUGCAGCCUCAUCCCUUAUUGGCGAUAGCAAGUCUACACCAUACCUCUGGCAGUUCAAAGAAGCAGAUUCCUAUACUUGGAAAAAUUUCGGCCGCUCUGACAAUGUUGUUCUGGAAGAGCUUUUCUGUGACGUGAACAAUGUGGAGGUUGAAAUAGAACUUGAAGACACCACAAUAUAGUAAAUAUGUAUUUAUUCUCAAAAAAUACGGAAAAACGUAUUCAUUUGCUCAUCAAAGGUACAAUUUUUCAUACCUCUAGCUAGAACCUUUGGUAACCUUAAAAUUACAGUAAACAUCCCACUUGAAAAUGAUAUCUACGGAGACCACAGAUCGCCGAAAUGUUCGGUCCUUUGAUUUGUUUUCUUGAGGAUAUAGAACGGCUUCAUUUAGAGAAGAAUACUCGCAAAAAUGAAUGUCACAGAUGCUCCUUUGAAGCUAGUCAAUUUCUCGGCAAAACUUAAUAUCUGUAAAAAUCUUCAGUAACUACCCGUACGUGUUAUUGCCUUUCUUAUUGUGCGAUACUUAAACAUAUGUCAAGGCUUCAGUUAGUUAUUAUCCUUCUGCGGCGUGAUUAGCGACGCAGAAUGAGUUCAGGGGAAACGGAAAAAGAUUGGAAUCAGUUUACUGAAGUACCGCAGCCUGGUGCGGCCCACACUGGUGCGGCAGAGGAGGAAAGGAGGGAAACGAGAGGUCUGAAAGAGGUCUGGCACUAACGUCUGUGCCAGAAACAAGGCGGAUCUCCGACAAAUGUACAUUGCUUAUCCGCUAAAAUGCGUGGGCCUCACCACUUGUGAUGCAGCGCCAAUUUGAGCCUGCAAGCAGAUCAAUGGCGCUCAGCUCACUAACACAUCGUUUGGAACAGGCUAACGCAUUGUCACUACUUUUCGUUUCUAUUCAGACAUUCAAGAAAGUUAUCAAGAAAGCUGUCAGCCGAUUUUCACACAAUGUCCAUGAGCUGGAUUUCCUCCUUCGACCAGUAUUUGAUCCGUCGAUACUCAACACCGUAUAUAUCAAAGAACGCGACAACAAGUUUCCUAUACUGUGGGUUUGGUAUUGGGAAGACAUCGAUGAAUGGAAAAAAUAACCUGAAACGAAUGUAAGUAGUAGUAACUGUCACGCAAAAAUAUGGUCAAGCAAGGGCCCGGCCGAGUAUGUUUCUUCCGUAAUUUACUUUAACAGUUUAUUUUGUACCGCAGUGAAAUUGCACGGCCUCAAAUUUUGUUUACUUUAAUGAUAUAUAUUCCCUUACCUUCAAUAAGGCAAAGGAACAGACUUUCAUUCGAAAAAUAAAAGUUUGACGAACAAGAUAAAAUAAGCAUUGCACAUGACAGCUUAAGAUGAAAAUAAAAAGGGAGGAGAAUCCUCGGGCUGAGAUUUCAUGGUUAUGGAUGAUCCAAACUCGAAACUUCUUUAAACUUCUGUUUCAGCUUUGUUCUGGGACAAAACAAGAGCAAAUUGAACCAUCGUAUCUAAAUGGAGACCCUGCUUACAACUUUCAAAUCGGUGGGAACGAUUAUGUCAUAUAUUUUGAAGGUACAUUCAUGUAUCAAAGGAUUGCAGAUCCAGAAGUCCAAGCGGUUUUUUUUGUCAGGAGAAGACCAAUGUUUGCUUCAAGGUCAGCACUGCAGACCACAGUGAGGUGAGUGAACGCAGACUGUGCUCUAAUUGUGAAGAGUUACACAUUUUUUUAAAAAGUCACUGACAGAGAGACUAGUUAUUUUGUAGGCUGUCUCGGAACAGAACUAGGCUUUCAAUCGAUAAAAAGCCGAAACAUAAUAAUGGUGAUGAUGAUGAUGAUAAUAAUAAUGAUUUGAAUAAUUGACAGUCUCCAUGUAAGUGGAUGGUGUGUUCAGCAUUGUUGCUUAUCCAUCAGAUCUCCAUGAACUCAAUUAAAACAAGUGCACCUUCGCAAGAUUUUGGCGGUUACAAGCAAUGCAUAUAUCAUUCAUAUUUUCAUUUUGCGACUGACUGAGAAUUUGAUGCAGGCUGAAUUGUUCGCCAUUGAAGCACUUCACUUGUUCCUGUAUUGACGAAGGGGUUGGGGAAAAGUGUGUGGGGCAUCGAAAAUGCUUAAUUUGUUAACUUAAGAUUCGUUUCUGAUAAACGUUUAGAUAUCGUACUACGUAAUACCUUGAAUGCUUUCAGUAGGACUCAAGAGCUCUGGAUCCCGUCUAACCACACCCAUCCGUGUUUCCUCGCCUUUGUUAUUAUUGCAGCAAUCCGAAAGGUCUGGUAAUGGCCGUUAAACGGACUAACCUGGAAAAGGAAAGCAAAGAAUACCGAACUGUGAGUCAAAGCUUUCACAAAACAAUGCCAGAACACCAAGCCCUUAUAGUGAUGGUGGAAAAAAUGACAAAUAAUAAUUUAUUCCAGAAAUACAAAAGGUGAUUGCUGAGGAAGGGCUAAUAGGAGGGAAAAACAAUAUGCACACCGGAACCUGUUCGUGAUUAAUUCUGCCUAGUGUAAAGAAGCCUAAGAUGUGGACAUUAACUAAUUCACAAAGUUAUUCUUUAGGGUUACUUCCGCCGCUUAUGGCCUAAACCUUUACACGAGAGUUAAUGAUGGAAAAGGUAAUAACGUCUGAGGCCUAGUUUUGUUAUAACUUUAUUAAAGUUUUAUAAACUGUUAGUUUUCCUUUUCUUCUGCGGACUUCCCUGAAAACCACUAGGAGUGAUGGAGGUCUCUCAAAAUUUUUAGUCCUAAAGCAGACUUUUAUUCUUAAUUUACAACAGUCUGCCGCUACAAAUUCUUUUCUACCUUAUAUGAUGAAUUUAAUGCCAUGGUACUAACUGGCCAACAGAGUUGUGAAAUCUCGCUUUUUCUUGCUGAGAUGGAACCGAAAUUCUCUUGCAAGUUAUGUGUCCACGAACUGGGUAUGGCCAGUAAGGAUUACUGCGUCGUGCUGUACCUGUUUCUCUGCUUAAUCUUCCAAUAAACACCGCAUUCUAUAACUGGUGGGUUUCUGCUUCAAAAUCCCUUCAAGGUACGUUUGAGAGGUUGAAGAUGCUAACAUUGUGGUUAUUGGUAGUUGCAGCGAGGUCGCUUGGGAAGCUGUAGAAUGACCACCACGAGCAGUGGAUCCAUUGCUCCCCUCCCUCCAACCCCCUCCCCUCUCACCAGACACCAAAGAUUUCCCAAUGUGAGAGUGCAUGGCGAAGUGCAGCAGUGUGUUAAUCCAAUAGAAAAUUCUCACAGCUUUGCGUUUUGUGGAGACUUAUGCAAAUACUGCAAAUGAAUGCCACAGCUAACACUCCUACUUCUCUCAACAGGUGUAAAGUAUUCUGGUAAUACCAAAAUAAUCUUUGAUUUUCCCCCUUUAUGAUAAUUCGUAUUGAUGGAAAGACUCUGCCACAAUGGGAAUGUGAAGUCUCAAUCGACGUUAACAGCAUGACCCUGUCAUUAAAACCAACGGCAGGAAUUUGCGCUGCAGGCUAUGGCUCUGGAAAGUUAAGGCGCUUUGCAACUCCACCUUGCUCCACAAACCCAGGUCACUCUCUCUCCACGAACUGGAAAUGGUAUUGGGAAGAUAAUGGCGGCGUCUGGUGUAUGUACGAGAAGGACCACUUGGUAAACUUUACUUUUAUAGUGUAUCUUUAGACUGUGUUUGAAAUCUUAGAGAGCCCAGAACAUUCAUAUGUCAGGUUUUAUAUUGUUUCCUUUCAUCGUCCUCCUCAUCGCUAGACGUUACUUUCUGAUUUCACUUCGUAUUUUACAAGCUAUCGUAAUCGCAAAACUCUUCUUAAAAGAUACAAAGUAUUUGGUAUUUCUCCCUUAUGAAUUAUCUCUCAAAUGUAUCUGAAGUUUAAAUCAUAAUUCCUGUAAAACCGAUUAAAGAUAAAUUCGAGUAGUAUUGCAUGAUGGCUGCCUGUUUGAGCACUUUGAAAAACUCUAUUAAAAAUAUUGCAUUAUGGCACCCACUAUAAUUCUAUAAAAUCAACAAAUGAGAUGUCAUUUCCUUAAGAGAACUAGCUACAUCUUACUCGACAGUGUUAGUCGAUCCGCAUUAAUAUCGACUCACAUUUUGUUUUUAAGGGAAGAAAUCUACAAGAACUGAUAGAGCAAGCUUUCGUUAAAGGGCUGAAGCGAAAUGAGACAGACUAUACGUUCAAUUUCAAAGUCAAAGCUCAUGAGUACUACUUGGUCUUUCAUUCAGAGAAAGGCAUGCACCAAAUAAACAUGCAGUACGGUACCAAAAGAAAGGUAAAACGAAGACCAGAAAGACUUACAUCACCUGAAGAAAUAACCGUCUUUAAAAGGUAAGAUGUCUUGUUCACAGAUUAUAAUGAUUGAAAUGAUAAAGCAAAAUAUACGAGAUUUCGUGUUACCGUACUCAGCAACUGCAAUGCAGAUUAUGUAGUAGCUCAUACCGACCAAGCGGGAGAAUUGGACGGAAAAAUGAUUGGCACGAAGUCACGACUUACGGACCAAGUACCAUGAACAGCAACAAUAAUUAAUAAUUAGCAAUAAUUUCCAAGAAGAAUUUACGAGUGUUUUGAUGUAAAACUGUAAAACGAAGGCUGUUCAUCAACGGUGUUAUCUACCUCUCCAAUAUUUCUUUACAGCGCGCAGCACGAAACGUUCACGAUCAGGCUCUUUUAUCAGCAAACCUAGAAAAUUUGUCUUUUCUUCGGUAACGAAAACGAAAAGUUCCCCAUCAGUCAAGAAAUUUCCCAAUUAAGAUUUGAAAGUUGAAGAACAUCACUCACGAAAUGUCAUUGGAUGUUCCUCAGUUUUAACUGGAUGAAUCAUUAAAAAUGGCUGUUUUGUGGAGUGAACGAUUGAUUAUUAUUGCCUAUUACGUAGAGAUAUGAUAGCAGAGAUAACCUGUAUUAAAUGAGACGGCAUUUUGUAAACUUGUGACGCAGGUGAAAUAAAUUAUCAAAUAUCUCUAUGUAGGAAAAAAGACUACAUGACACAACUAGCAAACGGUGAUCAACAGAGGGUCAACGAGAAAAGACUUUUUCAUGGAACCAGUCCAGAUUCCGUAGAGGCUAUCUGUAAAGAGAACUUUGAUUGGCGUCUAAGCGGCACUGCGACCGGUACUAAGUAUGGUCAAGGAAGCUACUUUGCGGUGAAAGCAUCCCACAGCCACAACUACGCAAAAGAAGAUGCCAAUAAGUCUCGAUUUAUGUUCGUGGCCAAAGUCCUCGUGGGUUCGUAUGUAAAGGGAAACCCCAACUAUCGAAGACCACCCCACAAGCAACCUUUGAAUGAAGCUGGUAUCCUUUAUUACGACUCCUGUGUGGAUGACGCGUUGAAGCCAACUAUGUUUAUUGUCUUUGACAUUGAUCAGUUCUACCCAGAAUAUAUUAUCCAGUAUUGA